UGCCUGUGGUAGGUUCCUUGUAAGGCUGUGCUACAGAGAUGAGCUGGAAAUGUUGAGUUGUAUUUAGCACAAUAGAAAUGUGUGAUCAAAACAGUUAUUACUGUAUGACCAAUCAGACCAACCAGUUCAUAUGAGUGUUUAGGAAAUUAGCUCAGUUACAAGGCAGGAAGUUGUCUUUUGUUAUUAGGAUGUGGUACAUGAUGCACAUUUACAGUCAGACCUGACCAGUUGCUUGAUCGUGUCUUCAUCGGCUGCACAAAUCGAAUAAUCUUGCGAGGAUUACAGUGAAACAGAAUUAUCAAAGUGCAGGCAAGGUCUUCCUCUGCAUUCAUCUGCAAUGACAACACAGGCUUUAUGGUUUUAUGCCAUCUACUCAUAUGUGCUAAAUGUGCACGCGGCUUCAUGGACUGCAGAAAUACCAGAAACAAUCUCAGCACUGCUGGGGUCGUGUGUCGUGGUUCCCUGCAAGUUCAAUUACCCAGACCCCCCAAAAAAGCCUCCAGCAAUGACAGGAAUAUGGCAUAUGACCAACUACCAACCCAUUUACCACCCGGACUCCUCCAAAGUGAUGGAAGAAUUCAGGGGCCGGACAAAUUUGAUUGGGGAUCUUGCAAGGAAGAACUGUUCACUGAGAAUUAAUCACCUGAAAAAAAAGGACAAUGGCCCAUUUAUUUUUAGGAUAGAGAUUCAUGAAUUUGAUAAGGCCUCUUACAAAGAGAAUAUGGUCUCCAUUGAUGUCCAAGACUCUCCAGCCUCCCCACGGCUGACCGUGAGCGGGGAGGUCAAAGCAGGUGACGCUGUGACUGCUUCCUGCUCUGUGUCUCACUCCUGUCCCACGGAGCUGCCUCACCUUACCUGGAGCCGCAGUGGAACAAUCACCAACCAAUCAGAGGAGCUGCUCAAUGGCCAAUGGAGAGUGACGUCAAGCCUGACUUUCACUGCGACAAACUCUGACCACAACCAGCAUCUGAUUUGCACAGCAAAGUAUCAGCAAGUUACAUCUGUGCAAUCUUCUAAAAUUUUGAAUGUGGCAUAUGCCCCAGUCCGUGUGGAGGUCGAGCCUGAGUCCACAGUGGUGAAGGAGGGAGAUGCUGUGGAGGUGCAGUGCUCCAGUGACAGUAACCCUCCUGCACACGGCUACCAGUGGUACAACAUCACUGGCACUCUGCUGUCAGAGGAACGAAUCUACAAACUGCACAACGUGUCCAGACACACUAAAGCUCUCUACUGCGCAGCCAUCAACACAGAGGGGCACAAGAACUCCACUCCGGCCAAGAUCAGCGUGGAGUACCCCCCAAGCAUUGGAGCACAAUCAGGCUGUGUUGCAGAAAUCACAGGGGUGAACUGCCGGUGCCUGGUGGAGUCCAGGCCCGCUAACAGAGUCCAGUGGAAACUUGCAGAUGGCAAAACUGAAAACAGCAGCAGCGUCCACAGCACAGAUGGACAGGACUCCGCCACUGUUCACACACUGCAUUUCCACCUGGGCCUUACUGAUGUGGUGUCCUGCUACGCCAGCAACAAACAUGGGAACGAAACAAGGGUCCUGGAAACCAACCAAAGAGGAGUACUGAUGGCCAUCUACUUAUCAGGCUCGGCUGCUUCUGCCUUUGUGCUCAUAUUGGUUAUUUUAUUGCUGUGGAAAUGUUCAAGACGAAAAAAAUGCGAUGACCAGCAUGUGGGAACACAGGAAAACAUAGCGCCAGCCAAAUCCCACAGCAGGGGAAAGGGGUCUGUUGAAGAUCCGUCUGCUUCCGGGGGUGAUAACAUUUAUGUUAACAGUGAGACACCAUAUUUUGAAGAAGAAGAAGAAGAAGAAGAGGUGGAUUAUGAAAAUAGUUUUAAAGAGGACGUUUAUGCAAACAUGUAAUGGCACAAAGUUGGCUAGUCUUAAGAAAAACUUGCUACUUUAAAUUGCGUGCUCCGGAGGCAGUUCAAGCAACGACUAUGCAUUGAAAAGGCCUUUGUCACACGACAGGAAUUUUGAUUGUAAUUCUCAAUGCACACAUUUCACAUAUGAUACUUUUUUAUCGGAUAUAGCUUGUGCGCGAUGUGGUUAAGGCUUGUGAUUUCUGUCAGCACGACAGAAAUAGGCGUUUGUUAUCGGACGGCCAUGAAAAUGGAGGUUUUGCCUGUGGUAUAACAAGAAUCAUAAGAACCGUUUAUUCUGUUCUGUAGUACGUGUGCUGGGUGUGGAAAGGGUCCUUUUGAUUUUUUAACGGUACAUUACUUGAUGUCUUAUUUCAAUAUUGUUUGUUAAUAUUGCCAUGUACUGCUUUGCAUUGUCAUCAAGUAUAUUACUAUAAUCAAGAGCGAAACAUUCAUAUUUAAUUCAUUGAUUAUUUAGUGUUCUGAGAAUAUCCUUGCUGCAAUAAAGUGGUCAGCUUUUUGUUAGAGGGGUCAACUUUUGUGAUAAAUACAUGGCCCUUGUAUGAUGUGCUUCUAUCUGUAGAUCCUACCAAAAAAUGUAAGAGUGUCUGCAAAUUGUGUAUGGAUUUGAUAAAGUAAAGCCUAAUUUGUUUUAUAAAAGCUUAAACACAGAUACAGCACAAUUAUUUUUGUCAUUUUUAUUGAUUAAAAGUACAAGUACAUAGGUUUGUGCAUGACAGGUAAAAGCUAAAUCAUCUGAAAUAAUAUAAAAAUGAAAUCUUUGGAUGAUGUUUCUUAUUCAGAUCAACAUGCACAAUGACAUUGUAACACUUCUCCGUGUACAAGAUUUGUAUGUCCAUGUAUAAGAAAAGGAUUGGCUUCCUAUUGAAUAUCCAGCUGCAGUGCUCUUGUAAAAAA